AUGAGUUUAAAGUCACAAAUUCCAUCAAAUUUGACAUUCAUCUUUUCCAACAUGAACAAUCCUAUAGAUGAAAGGGAGCAGUGCCAAAAGAAGAGGAAAUCUACCAUCUGUGAAGCCUCGACUUUGAGGACUUCAAGGAGAAGAUUCUACAACAACAAAAAUGAAGAAGAGAGGAAUAAAGGAGUCUCAACCACACUAAAGCUUUAUGAUGACCCAUGGAAGAUCAAGAAGACACUAACUGAUAGUGAUCUGGGAAUCCUGAGCAGACUCUUGUUGGCUGCAGAUUUGGUCAAAAAACAAAUUUUGCCUAUGCUGAGUGUAGAUCAUGCAAGGGCUGCAGAGACUGAGGAAGGAACCCCGGUUAAAGUUUGGGACAUGGACACCAAAUCCAUGCACCAACUUGUUCUAAAGCGGUGGUCUUCAUCCAAGAGCUAUGUUCUUAUUGGAAAGUGGAACCAGGAUUUCGUGAGAAGAAGAGAUCUGAAGAAAGGGGAUGAGAUCGGAUUUCACUGGGAUCCAUAUAACUGUGCUUUCAAUUUCUGUGUUCUCAAACGAGCCGUUCCGGAGAAUUAAUCUCAGUGUUAGUAUUACUUUAUUUUCCUAUCCAUAAAAAAAACCAUGAAACCCUCUCUAUAUGCUUAUGUAAACAUACAAUAAUGUUAUU